AUGAGCUAUCGGAAUCCUAUAACGGAAUCCGAUGAAGACGAACUAUUUGCCUCCAGCCAGGAGACGAGUAAGAGUACUACCGAACAUACCAAACAAAGUAUACCGGUAGAUACAGCAGUGAAAACCACAGAGUUCAAUGAUGAUACCGAAUUCAAUGAUGAUACCGAAUUCAAUGAUGAUACCGGAUACACGGAACAGAGCACAGCAGAUAUCACAGUGGUAAAGGUGGAACAGAAGGAAAAGCCCUUCUUCUUGGUCUCGGCCUACUUGGCCCAUGACGAAGACUUACCACCGGCCCCGCUCGCCAGACUAGUAGAGGAGAACAGGAGGGAUGAUGUCCUAAUAGGGUGUGAUGCAAACGUAAGGCACACCGUAUGGGGUAGCUCCAAUAUAAACACCAGAGCAGCCAGCAAUGAUGACGAAACAAAUGAUGCGCCUGGCUCAUCGAAUCCCACCGAUAUGCAUGGUGGCGCAUUUCGAGCACCCGGCGUUAGGAUGCAAUCGCCCAACGGUGACCACGUAUCUGGCACUAAUGCGUCACAACAACAUAAUUCGAUGCCACACCUGCAGGCAUUCUACGGCGGCCUGCACUCGCAUCUGUUGCGCAACCAGCAACAUGCUGCAGCCGCAACGCAACGAGAAUCCGCAAAAGCAAACAAACGGAAGAAUCGUGAUCCCGAUAAGCUCUUCUUGCUCUCACUUUACGAGGAGAUCAAACGUGUGCCCGAAGAGAUACGACUCGAUGACAAGGGCGAACUUAUACAGGUGCUCAUCAAUCACAAACACAUGCACAAUCCACAGCGUCGAUAACGAGCCAAAGUACGCCCACCGCCAAAGACAAGACACAAUUGUCACAGCAUGCGCAAAUAAUGCACAGCAUGUCUUAGCUGCAAAGAAAUAUGACGAGGGUGCCGAUAAGCUGCAUCAGCAGAAAGAGCAGCGCAAACAGACGAAGAUGUCAAUCGCCACGACGGAUUCGGACCUCGCUCAACCAUGUCAACCGACGCCAUCAGUCACGCAAAGCUCUGACCAACGAGGCCUCUCCCGCAUACCACACGCCCAAGAUCGAGCCAGACUCGAGUCGUCUCGCCGACUUCGUCGUGCUGGUAACUUCCUUUCGGAUUGGCGGCAUGGCAACGAUCGACUGAGACUCGAUUCGUCUCAGCGACAUUGCCCGGACUGAGCAGAACUCCAUUCGUUCCGCCGGCCACCCCAUCCGAGGGGAAGGCGUGGACGAGACUUCAAGACGUCAAGCAUAUGCACGCCGUAUCAUCAAGGAUAGGCAAGCAACUCUACCUUGGCAGCAAAGAAGUACGCUGUCACCAACCGCCGUAAUAAGAGUGCGAACUACUACAAGGUUAAUAACAGUGCGUUCUAUGAUUAGCCCGAGUUCCACAAGUCAGCGCCAGUCGCGGUAAUUUUGGGAGCGGACGUCUACUCCCGGCUCAUGUUGCCAGGGUUACAACCAGCGGCAGUGGGAUAACUCAUCGCCCAAAAUACGACACUGGGAUAUAUAAUAUCCAGCGUCGUACAAUAAAGUGCACUGGCUGCCAACGCCUCUCACAUUUACCACCUACUCAGGAUCGAGUUAGACUUGAGUCGUCUCGCCGACCUCGGAAGGUGGUGACUUCUAUGCGAAUUGGCGGCAUGGCAAUGACCGACUGAGACUCGAUUCAUCUCAGCGGCAUUUCCCGGACCGAACCAGACUCGAUUCGUCUCGUCGGCCACCCCAUCUGCAGAGAAGACGUGGAAGAGGAAGUGCAGGAGCCAGUUAGUUAAGUUAGCUUUAAGUAAUUUAUUGUAAACUGCAUUUGCAGUAAUACUGCAAGGCGGGGAGAAUGUUGACGCCGCCCCCGCCCAAUUUCUUUUGCCACGUCUGUAUCGGCAGAGCAAUCAUUUAUUUUCUUCUUUUUCGAAGUUUCAAUUCGAGCGCAACUAAACACUAAUUAAAAAAGUUGCGCGCGCUCUCUCCUUUUGCGACCGUACAGCUAUACAGACGUGGUAAGUGU